GUGAACUUUGAACUGGGGAUGCUACCAACCUUCAUCGAAGGUAUCUAGCUAGUAGCAUACCGAUGCCUUCCAUCAUGUUGGAGUAUUUUUGCAAGUGAUUUUAAAUAUUUCCUACAGAAGCCUGUUCAGCGUAGCUGGCUCGCUGUUCUCCGCUUACAUUCGGGCAGACGGUGCAGAAUAACCAGCGGUACCGAUUAGCCGUGUGACUUAACGUCUUACUCGUUUGUAAAACAACCUGAGCAUACCGAUGCUGCACAGCGGUAGCCGAUGAAUUAGGAAAAAACGUAUAGCAAUACUGAAUGCAUUUUAGUUCUGUAGUAAUUCAGAAUGCGUAUUUUUUGAUAAAGGUUUUGUUAUGUGCACCGUAUACAGCAAAAGUGGGCCAACGUAUAUGUUGCCUGCAAGAAAAACAAUUGUACAGAAAAAUCUACGCAUUUGAAGGGUGGUUUAUGGAGAGCUGCCUGUUGGAACACCGCAACGUUUUAUUAAUAUUUUUGAUCAUCUUACUAAGUCUGAUGUGUAAAUGAAAAGGCGAGCUUGUUUACAUGGUUAAUUGGGAUCAAUUGCAGAUCAUAAAAAUACGUUAGAAUGUUUCACUGCUUCCCAAUUAAUGCAGGAAAUGAACUCCCACGACAGCCUCUCUGCACUUCAUGAAAAUGGCAAAAUGAAAAUCUGACCUGAGAUUAGUUUUGUAGUGUUUAUCACGGACUUGCUUUUUGUCGAGUUUGGACCGCGUUUUUGGACCGCAGUCAGAGCAAUAACAUUGCAGGCAGUGAACAGACAUUUCUCUACCUCCGACUCUGGAUUAAACAUGGCAAAUCAACCUGUUAUUCUCAACGUGUAUGACAUGUAUUGGAUCAAUGAGUAUACUUCUACUCUGGGUAUAGGAGUCUUCCAUUCAGGCAUCGAGGUCUACGGUAGAGAGUUUGCAUAUGGAGGCCAUCCAUACCCCUUUAGUGGGAUCUUUGAGAUUACUCCUGGUAACACUGCUGAGCUUGGAGAAACCUUCAAAUUCAAAGAGGCCAUUGCUUUAGGCACAACAGACUUCACUGAGCAUGAUAUAGACAAGAUUAUGGAGGAGCUGGGCAAGGAGUUUAAAGGCAACGCCUACCAUUUAAUGCACAAAAACUGCAACCACUUCUCAUCUUCACUUUCUGAGCUGCUGUGUGGACAAGAAAUUCCUCGUUGGGUGAAUCGACUGGCCUACUUCAGUUCCUGCAUCCCAUUCCUACAAAGCUGCCUACCGAAGGAAUGGUUGACCCCAGCUGCCCUUCAAAGCCAUAUUAGCCUGGGCCUUCAUAAAGAGGAGCAGCUAGAGUCCAGCGAUGAAGAUCUUCCCUCAGCCUCAGGAGCCAGCGUGGGCCCUGGCUCCUCGCACAGCUGCCGCCACACCCGGGUCUGAGCAGCCAGUAACAGAUUCACGGGGUCCGUGCUCUCUUUAGGGAUGCUCUUCCAUUUUUAGACCUGAACUGAGACUCCAGAGCCCCCCCAUCCCUGCACUGGACAAGCAGGAUGUAUGAACGCCCAAAUCAAAGAGGCAUAAAAAACAGACUGCAAAGGAAAUGCAUAAUUUUUUAUGCACACAAAUUUUUUGACCCUGCAGAUAAUGAACUUUACAAACCUUUAUUCAUAUUCUGACAGGUUUCUCGAGAGGUUUAAAAAUCAGUGACAGAUGGCAUAGACAAACCACAGCUCUGUCUUUAUUUUCUCUAUCUGAGUUUAUUAAAACAAGUGUAGUUUGGUAAAAAU